CCGCCUCGUUUGCUCAUGGAAGCCACGAGAGGGAAGAAGAAUCCAGCGGAGAACCGGAUGUGCGGAAGGGGGAUCUUCCCGGACCUCUGUUCGCCGGCGCCCGUCCGGCUCACCGUCUGGUGCAAGUCGCUCCUCUUCCACGGCCACGGCUACACCGUUUACGACGACUCCGACGGCCGGAUGGUCUUCCGCGUCGACAACUACGCCCACAACUGGAGGCAGGAGACCGUGCUCAUGGAUUACACCGGCAAUGUCCUGCUCACCAUCCGCCGCCGUCGCAAGAUUCUAAACUUGACCGAGAGCUGGGAGGCCUACAGGGGCGACAAAGACGUGCAAAGGAUGGCCGGAGAGAGAAUGCCUCUGUUCAAGGCAACGAAGAACCUGGGCUGCCAUAGUUGCACCAUAUCCAUGUUCACGGGCUGUGGAGUGAAGCCUUUAGGCUACAGGAUGAACUGGUCGCGAGACAAGGAGUGGUCGAAGAUCUACCAGGCUGCAGCAAACACACCGGUGGCUGAGGUUAGUAGAAAGUGCGGUUCGAUGGCGAAGAAAUUACUCGACAAGGAUGUUCUAACCCUGAGGGUGCAGCCUGGGAUGGAUCAAGCUCUGGCAAUGGCAAUGAUCAUGAUCACUAAUUCAAUGAGAUGAUCACAACAAUACAUAAACACACACAGGAGGAAUGUGAAUCUGUAGCUGCACAAGUAGUCCAUUAAUCUUCGUUUGUUACACUUGAAGCUACAUGCUCGAGGCUUCUCCUUUUUCCUUUUCCAUGUAUUCAUUCAUAUUGGCACCUCUCUUUUCACGAGGUUUUAUUAGUUCAAUUCAAUUACUUCAUCCAUCUCUUUGAGAACUAUAACAUGACAAAGAAAGCCAGCACAGAUGGCUGCACAGGUGA